UUUAUUUCCAUUUCUAGACAAUUCAUUUUUUUCCAAAUGGGAAUCUGUUGACUAUAAAAAAUAUAUUUUUUUCUCUAAAGCUCUCAACUUUCUUGCUCUAUGGUGAGAAAGAAGAUACGAAGAGAAUAAAUUUACAAAGGCAAAUUCCCAUUUCUUCUGAUCAUUAGUUUGUUUUCCUUCUGUGGAGUGUUUGUGGUUUUGAUUCUAUGGCUGCAGUUGCUGACAAGUCAGGUGAGGCAGCAGCAGCAGCAGCAGCUGCUGCUAAUAACAACAAUAUGGUGGUGGAAACAGCCAAAUCAGAAUCAAAGGAAUUCAAUGUGCAAAAGCUGGUUGAUAUGUUCACAAAGUUGAAUCCUUUGGCAAAAGAAUUUUUCCCAUCAUCUUAUCAUCAUAAUCAGACCAAAAAUGGUGAUUUUAAUCAGAUUCCUGUUAAUAAGCAAGGGAAUGAGAAUUACUCCGAUAGAAGGAGAAGAAAUAACUACAACCAGUGUAGAAGAAAGUUUAAAGCUUUUCGAGCUCAAAGAGACAAUAGUGUUAGCCGAACAGUAUAUGUUUCCGAUAUUGAUCAGACUAUUACUGAAGAGCGACUUGCAGGCUUAUUUAGUAAUUGUGGACGAGUUGUUGAUUGCCGAGUUUGUGGUGAUCCACAUUCAGUUCUUCGCUUCGCAUUUGUGGAAUUUGCAGAUGAAGAAGGUGCAAGAGCUGCUUUGAACCUUGGUGGGACAAGGCUAGGGUUUUAUCCAGUUACAGUCUUGCCUUCAAAAACUGCCAUCCUUCCUGUGAACCCUAAAUUUCUCCCUAGGUCAGAAGAUGAAAGGGAAAUGUGUUUCAGGACUGUUUAUUGUACAAAUAUUGACAAGAAGGUUUCUCAAGCUGAUGUGAAGAAUUUCUUUGAAUCAGCUUGUGGUGAGGUCACUCACUUGAGGCUCUUAGGGGAUCAUGUGCAUUCAACCCGUAUUGCUUUUGUUGAAUUUGCCAUGGCGGAAAGUGCCAUAAUUGCACUAAAUUGUAGUGGGACGGCGCUAGGAACCCAGCCCGUCAGGGUAAGUCCUUCAAAGACACCUGUGAGGCCACAAGUUCCCCGUUAAACAUUGCAUUAACUGAUCAACGAAGCCUUUUAAGAUCCAUGGAUGGAAUUGAGUGACUUCCCAAUGGAGAGAAACUUUGUUGUGUUGAAGGGAUGGUGAAACAUUGUUUCAUAAUUUCCAUCUUUUCUGUAGCAACAGUUGCACUUUUUUAUCUUUGACUGAAGAUAUGGUGACCAUGCUUCGGAUUGAAACUUGAUCUUGAAAACCUUUUUACCUUAUUCCAUCCCUUUGUUUUGACAAUGUCAUGUUGAGUUUUGCUGCAAGUUUCCAUGUAUUUCUAAUAAUGACUAUAAGCAUGCUCAUGCUGAGCGAGGAACCAAAGAUAUAGUACCACCACGUUGUUUUUCAUUAGGUGGUGAUACCUGUCUAGUUAGCCAGAUUAAUUUUCCCCACUACUUUUUUUUCCCUUCUUUUUUGUCAAUUUAAACUAUAAAACCAAUUUUUUAUGUACAAACUAUCAAUUCUAAAACAGUAAUGUACAAUUUUUUUUAAUUAAAAAAGGGGAAAGAGAG